UGUGUCCCUACUUUGCCUACCCUCUCCACCCCGCAUGUUGCCUCCUAUACAAUAAGCCCUACAUUUGGCCAUAGGCUGUUUCAUUUGCUAUGGGUAGAAUUUUGCAAGGUUGCAGAGUAAGACCUGUCAGCUGACACUUGCUCACAUGAGAGCCAUUAAGAGGGUGUGUGGCCAAUGUCAGAACAACCUUGCAGCUGAAGACAAGUCACUGCGUUUUCCUAGAGCCAUAUGAAUAGUCUUGUGACCAAUUAAUUGACUACUGCAUAAUCUCCAACUAGGGAGCACAGAUGGGGUGAGUCAGUCCAAGCCGCUCAACCUGUUGAGUGUUUUGUCUUUUGCUAACUGGAGUACAAGCCUAGGAACAAAAGUAGGAAGUGGGAUUUGGACUGGUCUGUGUUCAUAGUGGGGUUGCUGAAAGCAUGUUUUAUAACGUGAUGAAUGCAUCUGACUUCCUAAAUCAUUGGAGGGCUUACUUUACAUAACAAAUAAAUGUUCUUCUUUUUUUUAACUUUUGAAAGAGGAAAUUAGACUGCUGCCAAGUGGCUUGUUUCACCUACUACUGUGUAGGGAGUGAAAUGAUCAUUUAGAACUGCUGGUCACUGCGGAAUAUCCCUCAAAUAACAAAGGACCUUCAGAAAUUGCGUCUGCGUCCAUGUUGACGGUCAGGAUAAGCCGGAAGAACAUUAAACCACUUGGGAGAUGUGUGGCGGCACAGGAAAGACCACAAACUGGCCAGAGGGCUGGCAGGACUCAGCCAGAUACUUGGCCAUGUUCAGAAUUUGACCUGAAUGAGAUUCGCCUGAUAGUUUACCAGGACUGUGAAAGAAGAGGCAGACAAGUCUUGUUUGAUUCUAAAGCUGUUCACAAGAUUGAAGAGGUAGCAGCUCAGAAAGCAGAGGAUGUCCCUGUUAAAAUGUCAGCCAAGUGCUGUCAAGGGAGCAGCAGUGUGAGCAGCAGCUGCAGCAGCGGCAUCUCUUCCCAAAGCUCUUCUGGGGGAUCUUUACAACAUGCUAAGGAGCAGCUUCCAAAGUACCAGUACACAAGACCAGCUUCUGAUAUAAACAUGCUAGGGGAAAUGAUGUUUGGCUCAGUGGCAAUGAGUUACAAAGGCUCCACCUUAAAGAUACACUAUAUACGUUCUCCUCCACAGCUGAUGAUUAGUAAAGUCUUCUCUGCUAGAAUGGGCAGCUUUUGUGGGAGUACAAAUAACUUGCAAGACAGCUUUGAAUACAUCAACCAAGAUCCUAAUUUGGGGAAACCGAAUGCAGUUCAGAAUAGUUUGGGCCCUUGUCGUACUGGAAGUAACCUAGGUCUGCUGCAAGCGUGCAGCAGCAAACUGCUGCAUGGGGUAGCUGAAGGAGGACCUCUCCGGCUCACCCGGAGUGCUUCUUUCUUUGCAGCACAUAGCACACCAGUUGAUAUGCCAAGCAGAGGACAAAAUGAAGACAGGGACAGUGGCAUUGCUCGAUCAGCCUCACUAAGCAGCCUUUUGAUUACACCUUUUCCAUCUCCCACCUCCUCUACAUCCUCUUCCAGCAGUUACCAGCGCCGCUGGCUUCGAAGUCAGACAACAAGUUUGGAAAAUGGCAUUAUUCCAAGGAGGUCAACUGAUGAGACAUUCAGUUUGGCUGAAGAAACCUGCAGUUCUAAUCCAGCCAUAGUUCGGAGGAAGAAAAUCGCCAUAAGCAUCAUCUUUUCCCUAUGUGAAAAAGAAGAAGCACAAAAGAAUUUCCAGGACUUCUUUUUUUCUCAUUUCCCCUUGUUUGAAUCUCACAUGAACAGACUGAAGAGUGCAAUUGAAAAGGCCAUGAUCACCUGUAGGAAGAUAGCAGAAUCAAGUCACCGAGUCCAAUUUUAUGUCAGCCAUCUGAUGGAAGCUCUGGGAGAAUUCAGAGGGACUAUCUGGAACUUAUAUUCUGUUCCAAGGAUAGCAGAACCUGUAUGGCUUACCAUGAUGUCCAGCACUUUGGAAAAAACCCAGCUCUGCCAACGCUUUCUCAAGGAAUUUACACUUCUCAUAGAACAAAUCAACAAAAACCAGUUUUUUGCUGCCUUACUGACUGCAGUGCUAACCUACCACCUGGCCUGGGUACCAACUGUCAUGCCUGUUGAUCACCCUCCCAUUAAAGCCUUCUCAGAGAAACGCACCUCUCAGUCUGUGAACAUGCUGGCCAAAACACACCCAUAUAAUCCUCUCUGGGCACAGUUGGGUGAUCUGUAUGGAGCCAUAGGCUCUCCAGUGAGGCUGACUCGCACCGUGGUGGUAGGGAAGCAGAAGGAUUUGGUCCAGCGCAUACUUUAUGUCCUGACCUACUUUCUCCGUUGUUCUGAACUACAAGAGAACCAGCUGACCUGGAGUGGGAUUCAUGGUGAAGGUGACCAAGUGUUAAAUGGAAGCAAGAUCACAACAGCCCUGGAGAAAGGAGAGGUAGAGGAGUCAGAGUAUGUGGUAGUUACGGUGAGAAAUGAGCCUGCCCUCUUACCUCCCAUCCUACCACUAACUAAGGCUGAGAGAAGGAAUCCUGGAUCCACAGGGUUGGCUGGGAUCACCGAAGGCACUGACAUUAGAGUCCUGUGUCCCAAACCAGAGCAGAGUUCUGAGGCCUGUAGCAUGGGAUUACAAGAGCCAGCGUUGAAUAGCUUGUGGAAAACUCAGGGUGCUUUUUGUGGGGAGGAAGAAAGUAAAAAGGCGGUACCACAUGAUGGCUCUUUAGGAACCUCUAGCUCUGAAGCUCCAGGGGCAGGAUUGAAGAUCAGCCAACAGACUGUCAGUGAGGAGUUGAAAGAAGAAAUGCCUAAGAAACUUUCAGACCGGUCAGCAGCCUGGCCUUGCCCUGACAGAUAUUCCUGGAAGAAGCCUCCCUUAGAAAAGGUCACUUUCCAGAUUGGAAGCUCUGUAUCUCCAGAUUCUGACUUUGAAAGCCGCAUGAAGGAAAUGGAGGAGCAGCUGAAGGCCUGUAGACAAUAUCCAGAGUUAGCCAGGAGCCCCUUGGCUCAGGCCAGUGUGGCCACUGAGGUGGCUCUGGACCACCAGACGCUUAGGCGCCCCUUUACACCUGGCUUUCAAAAGAACAUCUGCUGUCCUCAGAAUCGGUCGUCUGAGGGGGAUGAGGGUGAAUUUGACAGGGGUUUUGCUAAGGACAGAGGCAUCGGGAACGAUGCUGUAGCAGAUGCUGCUGCGCAACUCAGCCAAUCUGCUGGCUCAUUUGCACCUUCUGACUAUGCAGCAGGAACUGGAAAGAGAAUGCUGGAGGAAACCAGGGGUGUGUAUUUGAAGCAGGUGGAAGAACCUUUGUUAGAGGCUCUUCCAAACAGGUGUGUACAGCAGGCCUCUGGCCUCUCGGUCGCUGCAGAUGUCCCCUGUGGGGAUGCCAACAGGAAGGCGGACUUCAGAAUUGAAGGAGACAUUCCCAGAAACGAAAGCUUGGACAGCGCUCUCGGAGACAGUGAUGAUGAAGCAUGUGCUUCAGCGAUGCUGAAUCUAGGGCACAAUGGUGACAGGACUGAAGGGUCCUUGGAAAUGGAGCUGCCUCUGCCAAGGUCUCAGAGCAUCAGUAACCAGAACAUGAAAAACUUUGGCCGUUCACUUUUGGCGGGUUAUUGUCCCACGUACAUGCCUGAUCUGGUGCUUCACGGGACCAGCAACGAUGAGAAGCUGAAGCAGUGCCUGAUGGCUGAUCUAGUCCACACAGUACAUCAUCCAGUGCUUGAUGAGCCGAUAGCAGAGGCCGUCUGUAUUAUCGCAGACACAGAUAAGUGGAGUGUCCAGGUAGCCACAAGUCAGAGGAAAAUGAUGGAUAACAUGAAACUAGGCCAAGAUGUCUUGGUCUCAAGUCAGGUGUCCAGUUUACUUCAAUCAAUUUUACAGCUUUACAAGCUUCACCUCCCUGCUGAUUUUUGCAUCAUGCAUCUUGAAGAUAGACUACAGGAAAUGUACCUUAAAAGUAAAAUGCUGUCUGAGUAUCUUCGAGGACACACACGAGUCCAUGUGAAAGAAUUGGGUGUUGUACUGGGGAUUGAAUCUAACGACCUGCCUCUGUUGACUGCUAUUGCCAGUACUCAUUCUCCAUAUGUGGCUCAAAUACUCUUAUAAGCUAAAGCUCAGGACAGUUCUUCCUUGGAAGAAAAAAAAAAAUCAAAUUCUCAACUGAAGGAGAAAAAAAGAAGCUCUUUGUAACGUCAAAUGCAUAAGAAGAACAAGUAGAAACAGUCAUUCCACCUUUUGUUUUUUGUAUUUUUUGUUUUUGUUUUUUUGUUUUUUGUGGGGUUUUUUUGUUUUGUUUUUUGUUUGGUUUUGGUUUUUGUUGCUUUCAAGCAAAUACUUCAUUGGAAGACUUAGAUUUACUUGACAUAAUGGCAUUUGUGUUUUUCAUGAACACUUCAGGCCUUUUGUUACCCGUGAAUCAACAGAGAGAGUGACCUUUUCGAUAAGAGGAAAAUAAGCACUACAGUAAACACUAAGCUGUUGGUACAGAUUGCCUUGUGCUGUUUGGGUAGAAUAAUAACAAGUGAGACGGGCCUGUUCACAUUUUUCGACGACUUUGAAGCAGGGAGGUAAAGGAUGUACAUAACAUUCCAGUAGGAAAAUGUUUCAGAGUUUUAAGCAUGAGCUCUGGAGAAAGCUUAUUUUGCUAUGGUAAGAAGACAGUCAUACAAGGACUCAGGAUUCCAGGUUGGAGGUUGCUUUUUACAAAAGGUGAAAUGAAGAAAGUCACUUUGUGCCAUCUUUGGCUCUGGUGGCUGUAGAUGUUACUGUUUGACAUAAACAUGAAAGAGGUUUGCCUGUUGGGAAGAGAGAGUGCUUCAGGGACCCACUGUUUUCAUUUUUUUUUGGAGUUUACUUUGUUUCAGAUGCAGCCACAGGUAGGUUAGGGAUAGAUCGGCUGUGCAGGGUCUUUCUAAUAAACCCACAAAUUGAUGUAGCAUCUUAAUCUCAUCAAGAUGUAGUUAUAGCAGCAAAGUGCAGAGUAUGAUACCAUAUGUUUUACCCUUGUACUUUAGAGAUUUCAGCAGUUUUUGGUUUUUGUUUUGUUUUGUUUUUUUUAAGAGAGGCCAUUUACCAUAGUUACUUCUGCAUGCUCAAGAGUGUUUCUGUUGGUAAAUGCUUCCAGCUGAAGCCACUUUUUUAUAAUACUUAAUACCAGUGACCAUACUUCAAAAGGCAUGGCUGUCCUGGUGAGAAAUGUCACCUGCAACAGUUCAGGAUGACUAAUGAAAGUAAUUAGUUUGAACAUAUAGAAACAAUCCAUUUAUGAUCUAAUGUUUAACAUUAUCAUCUCUGUGCCUUCUAAUUGCUACAUCCUGUUUAAAACGUCUUUCCAGAAGUUAUUUUAUCCAUCAUAUAAAACCUGCCAAAAUGAAAAAUUGUUUAUUCGUUAGCAUAGUUCACUUUUUUUCAAAAAGAAAACAUGUAGUUUUCUGUUAAUAUAAAAGAAAUUUUACUUAGCUUACUGACCAUGAGACAGAUAACAUCCAGGGUAACAUAAAAGUCUUUCUAAAAGAAUUAAGCAUUAAAAGAGAGAAACUUCUCUAGUAAAGCAAAAAUACUUAGCACCUUACAGAUCUUGAGUGCAGUUAACUAUAACUAGGCUCUGAUUUCCUUUCACUCUUUCAUGCUGAAUAAUUCUAAUCCUUUUCAUUUAUCCUUCGUACCUAAGAAUAUGAAGUAACCACCCUUUUAGGAGUUAGAAUGGCUUCAUAUUUUCUAUUUGUAAAAUCCUGAUCCUAAAUACCAAGUUACAUAGAUUUGUCUCUUUAUUCUUUUACAUAUCUAAGUUCAUUACUUGUUUGAAAGAGUGCACUAGCAGUACCAAUGGGGGAAAAAUGGAUGCAUAUUUCUUAGGAAUAGGUGGGAACUCCAACCGCUCCCUCUCUUUUUUUUACACUGUGAAAUGUGGUUGGGUGCAUGAAGGCUCUUAAAGUCUUUACUUCCAUUGUGUUUUUUUCAUAAAAUUGAAGUUUUCCAUCCUUUUAUAUUUUUAUAUUUCCAUUAGCCUAACAUUUGAGUUUGAUGUUUUAAAUUCCCUAAUUCCAUGACAUCGUUGUUUGUUGUUACAGUGCAGAAAGAGAAUGAACCUCACUUGUGGCUCAGCUCACUUGUCAUUUGUUAUUCAUGAGACUUGAAUAAAUUAUAAUAGCUGAUAUUACAUCCUUUCCAUCUGUACCAGUUUAAAGCAUUCCCCUCAUCUAUCUCUAGUUCUGUUUUCCUUGUUUACACAUUUAGGGCACUUUUCCUCAUUUACCACCUUCCAGGGUUUCAUUGAAAGUAACUAGAUACAAAAUCAGUCCAUUUUAAUGUGUACAUAAUGGCAGGUUGAAAAUUUGACCCAUCAGAGGGAAACUGAGCUUUAAAUGGCUGAUUCUAAACUCCACACAUAAAAGAUUUAGCCUAGCCACCUCAUCCCCCAAAGCCUGAGAAAAUUUAAUUUGCCUCUUAAUUUAAUCUCCCAAAACUUUCUCUUGGAAAAAAUAUCUGUUGGAAAAUUACAGGUGGAUCCCACAUGGGGAUUGUCUCAAUGGACGUUCAGGAUCCCAGUCAGUGCAUAAUCUCAUAUCUUCUGCCUCCAAAAACAGAUUGAGAAUGUUGCUGCUCUUUUCUAAUCCUCCUUUAAAUAGCAUUCAAGUUUUCUUUGUCUUAAAUUCAACUUCUUCCCAAAAGUGAAAAAGAAAACAAAUCUCAUGAAAUUGUGUUGAUUUACACCCACUCACACAUCCUCUACUACCCAGUAGCAUUCUGUUUUAGCUGAAGAGACAAGAAAGGGAUCCUAUUCUCUCCCAUGCCCACCACAAGAAAAAAAUAAAAAUUUUUUUAAAAAUCAAGAAAACUACCUCAAGUUGACAGGAUUCUAUCUUUAGGGUUUCUUCAACUCUUAAGUCUUACCUGUUGAGCGUAACUUUUGUAGCAUCUUGCUUUUUUAAGCAAGAUCAUGAAGCAUGACAGAGCAGAAGUGUGUAAAUGUUACUGUGAUGGACCUCUUUUUAGCAUGUUGCAGUUUUAUUUUUAAUAAAUUAACAAGUGAUAUGAAUGUAAAGGUAAUUGUGUAUGUUUAAACAAGACAAUGAAAAUUUAAAUGUAGCUUCCAUACUUGUGCAUAAUUCCAAAGUAUUUUAUUUUUAUCAGUGUUAAAUAGCUUUUUGUACAGGCUUCAAUCCAUUUUUCUGAAGUGUGCUGUUUUUUAAUGAAAGUAACUAUAAUCUUUUCACAUCCCAUGGAAUUGCUGUUUACACAUUGCAACUUUUUAAACUUACCAUAUUUUUCAAAAUUAACUUUUUGGAGGGAGGAAAAUCCCCACUUGCUAAAUGAUACUAAACUGUCAUUUGGGCUAUUACAAUUAGGUCCUGAGAUUUUAUAAAAAGUUAGUCUGUAGCUUUUUAGGUUCUUCACUAAGUUGAUUGUACAGAAAAAUAAAGAAGAUAAAGUCACCCCCAAAUUCUUUUAAAUGUCUGGAUUUUUCCAAUAGUAUGUACUUUUGAGGGUAUUUUGUUCAUGCAUAAUGUCACCAUUAAUUGAAAAAGUCUUCUCUUGGUCAAUGUGAACCAGUUUAUUUUUCUUGUGCUUUGGGGUGAGGGGAUAUUUUAACAUAUGUUUUGCCUAAAUCACGCAGCCCCCUCUGAAUGUCAUUUUUUACAUAUCAAGAUUUGGUGAACCAUUCAUCUUGGAAGCAAGAUUUCAAUAUGCUUAAAUGUAAGUGGUAUAAAAAAAGAGAAAAUUCUGGAAUUUGUUAUUAUUGAAGCCCCAUUAAAGACAAAUUGAUAAAACUAUAUUUUUAAUCAGUUGAAUAGAUACCAAUGUCAAUGUGUGGGAACUUUUUCUUAAAACUUGUUCACUUAUUAUUUUGAUCCAUUUCUCUCUGUGGCAUUUGGUGCAAUAAACCUUUUGAAUUUAUCUUGAACA